UCUUUUGACUGAGGCAGGUCACAAAGGUCUGCCCAGUUUCCAGGGGAGGGGUCUAGACCCCCCCGCCCCCACUGGGUGGGAGGAGUGUGAACCCCAGGAUGCCUGCCAGAAGAUUAUGUGGGGGGGAUCUUUUGAGGUGGCUGUCUUUGGAAAAUACAAUCUGUCACUGGUUCUUAAGCCCCACCUCUGGAGAGUGACUUCCACAGGUCUUUAAUGAAGCCUCAGAAUUGUAUUUUUGACAUGUAGGUGUUUCCAGUGCACAUCCAGGAUGGCACAUUUGUCCUUGGUCCAAGACCUCUGGCCUCUCACUACUGAACUUGGGGAGAGAUUGGCCUCUGCCCUAGGUGGUGAUGUGAUCAAGGAACCUUUGGAGGGAAACCAGCCUCAGGCCAGUGGGUAGGACCUGGGGAGCAGGAGGCCUGAUAUCUGUCCGAGGGUGAUGGUGGUGUUGAACUGCCCUUGUUAAAGGGCCCUUUUGGGGGCUGGUGUAUCUGAGUAGCUUUGUAUUCUUCCAGCCCUUUGUGUGUCUCCUGAGCACUUCCUAGCAUAUAGACAGCAGUCUCCAGGCUGCUGCAGGUGGGGUGUGGGCAGGUGGUUGUGGCUGUCAUGCUGAGAGUUUGAACCCCCUCCUCACAGGGCCCACUGCCAUUUGGUGUCUCCCCUCACAGCUGUACUUGAGGCUGUUUUUUAGACUAACUGAACCCGAGGAGUAUUGGAGCGCCCAGUAUUAAAGGGGCUGUCCCAUGCCCUGAGAGCAGUCUGGGGAGGCAUGCACUAGGAGGCUCAGGACUUGGGUCUCAGCCCCAGCUCUGCCACAGUUUUGCUCUUUGACACAAAGUAGGUCAUAGCUCAACUCAGAGCUAAAGUUUUCUUAAUAGCCAAGCGUGUGUGUAGCCUCAGCUCUCAUUCUCUUGAACAAACUGACUGCCAGAGCGGGAUACCCUCCCUCAACAGAAGACCUGCCUUGGCUUCCCAUUGCCCAUAGUCCUGUGCCCUACCUGCCCUUUGGGGCUAUGUACCAUGGGCCGCGCACGCUGCUGCAGCCUCACCAUCCAUUCCUGAAACUUGCCAUGCCCUUUCACCUCAGCCUCACCAUCCAUUCCUGAAACUUGCCAUGCGCUUUCACCUCAGCCUCACCAUCCGUUCCUGAAACUUGCCAUGCCCUUUCACCUCUGUGGGCCUUUGCAUAUGCUGUUCCUCUACCUGGAAUGCUUUCUCUUGCUUUCACCGCCUCUGCCUAGUCACCCCCCAGAUUUGGCUUUGCUCACCUCCUCCAUGAAGCCUACCGCAGCCCUCCACCCCAGCGGCUUGCUGUGCUGAGGUCUUCUAUAUUAGGAGCGGCAGCCAGGGCUCUCAGCUUGGGUGGUUUAGCAGACGAGCGGAGGCUUUGGAGUCAGGCAGUCCGGAUUUCAACACAGUGCUGCGCCCUACUUGCUGUGUGACCUCAGGCGAAUCGCUUCACCUCUCUAAGCUUUGUUUUCUCAUCUCUGAGUUGGCGCUCAUAAUCACUAACCAGAAUUCUCAUGCUAUUUUAAGGACAUCAGCGACAGAAGCAGGGAAUCUAAUGAGACAGAUCGUGGGGAGGUCUGAGUUUGCAGAGCCCACAGCUUCCUUUGCUUUUAUUAAAGAAUGGGAGGUGGGAGCUGAUGGAGGGGGAGGGAGAAGCCAUCAACCCCUCUCCCCCAUCGUACGGGCAAGGGCCAGGCUUAUAGUAGGUGCUGACGUUCAGAGUAGAAACUCCUUAAAGAGUGAAUGAAUGAUUGAAUGAAUGAAGGCAGCUGGUUUCUGAACGUGGAUGUAGCCAUUUGACAGACUGCGCGCAGUGGCUGAGGGGGAAAGCCCCGCCCCGCGGAGCCCCGCCCCCAGGCCGCAGGCCCUCGCAUCUCCUAGCAACCGCCAAACGGAGCUGAGUGGCUGGGCCUCCGGCCCUCCCUGCACCCGCGGACGCUCCUUUCAGUCUUGGAGUCUCUUCGCCGAGGUGGCUGUGGAUCUGGUGCGGGAGUUGCCGCCGCCGUCCAAGUCCCCGCUGCCACCCAGCGCAUCCGCUCGCAGGUCAUAAGGGGAAAUAUGCAAGUUUGAUUGAAAAAUAUAAGAAGCACCCUAAAACAGACAGUUCUGUUUCAAAGUUACGUCGUUUUUACCACAUCGAGUAUUUCCUUCUGCCGGACGAUGGAGAACCUAAAAAAGUUGACAUAUUGCUAUUUCCAGUGGUGGCCAAAGUGUUCCUGGAGUCAGGAGUAAAGACUGUGAAGCCGUGGCACGAAGGUGACAAAGCCUGGGUGUCGUGGGAGCAGACUUUUAAUAUCAAUGUGACAAAGGAAUUAUUAAAGAAAAUAAAUUUCCACAAAAUCACCUUGAGGCUCUGGAACUCUAAAGACAAGAUGUCAAGAAAAGUCAGAUAUUACCGAUUAAAGACUGCCGGCUUCACAGACGACGUGGGAGCUUUCCAUAAGUCAGAAGUGAGACAUUUGGUUUUAAAUCAGAGAAAAUUCUCUGAACAGGGCAUUGAGAAUGCCAACAUUGUCAAAGAAGAGUCGAAUCAGGAAUAUCCACCAGGAAAACAAGAAAAAGUAGAAAAACACCCAAAGUCUUUGCAAGGUUCUCACCAAGCAGAGCCCGAAAAUUCUUCCAAGAACAGUGAGGAAUAUGAGAAGUCCCCCAAAACGGACGAUUCUUCUACGGUUCAAUGCAGUGUUUCAAGAACACCAACCAUUUCUUUGGCAGGAGCAAGCAUGAUGGAGAUCAAGGAAUUAAUUGAGAGUGAAUCACUUAGCAGCUUAACAAACAUAUUAGACAGACAAAGGUCUCAAAUUAAAGGAAAAGAUUCAGAGGGAAGAAAGAAAAUCCAGAGGAGACAUAAGAAGCCCCCUGCAGAAGAAGAGGCAGACCCCACGCUGAUAGGCCUAAGGAAGCAGAGCGCUUUCUCCAUCCAACUGGCCGUCAUGCCGCUCCUUGCCGGAUGGCAAACUGUCAUGAGUCGUGGCAGUGAGAAGUCUGCCAACAUUUUAGAUUGCCUUUUGACUUUAAAAACAGAAGUUCCAAUCAUGACCGAGGAGCAAAAGCAGGAUUUAAAUCCCCUGACCAUAAAGAUCAAGUGUGCUUCCUGCCUUCCGUCACAGCCUGUGCCCAUUCAGGAACUAGAGAGGCUGUGCAUGCCCGUGUACUGCAAGUACCAGUUCCAUAAGACUCCAGUUCACAAGACCAAGGGGGAGCCCCAUGGAACCCACGUUUAUUUCCAGGACAUCAACGUCAUCUUCCUUGGGGCGCUGCAUCCCAGUGACCUAAGGGAAUACCUGGAGGGUCCCCCCAUGGUGGUGGAAGUUCACGACCGGGACCGCAAGUCAGAGGAGUUUUCUCAGAAGCCCGUGCUGUUUGGGGAGGACCCCCUGGAUUCAUACCUCAACUUCCGGGCCCUCAUCUCUCCCAGAGAGACAGAGAACAACCCCUUUGAGUCCCAGAACAAGAUGUGGUACCCUUAUGGGAUCGCCCAGGUCAGUUUUGCUGACCUCCUCCUUGGCCACAAGUAUUUGAACCUGGCCGUCCCCAUCCACAGCUGUGAGGUUCAGCCCACACACUGCAGCCAGGACAGCAGGAGAAGGAAGGUUGUGGGGCUUGGGGUCCCCAGAGAUGGCCACCAGCAUGGCCCAAUGCCCAUGGGCAACUACCUAGAGGCUGACUCCCAGCUCAAGUUGCGAGUGGACAUCGCGGUGCCACUGAGGGCCGGGGCCAGAGCUGCCGAUCCCGACCUCGGGGGCUCCCAGUUUGGCCGCAUCAUCUUCGUCUUUGACUUUAAGAAGGUCUCCCUGCUCCACAGCCUGCUGCAGGACAUCACUAUGAUCAACGCUAAGGCCCUCGGCCUGGACUCCUACCCCGUCAGGACCCUGCAGCAGAUCCUGUCGGCCUUCAAGAUGCGUGUGCGGGUCCAGGAGCAGCAGUACCUGGAUGUACUCACCGGCUUCCACCUGCUGGACGGGAAGACCCACCUUUUCAUCCUGGAAGGCCUGGCCAACCAAGGCUUGAGGCAGCUGUGGGAGAACCACCAAAGCUGGAUUCCCAGGUCAGAACACGGGAAAUACAAGGUGCUGUACAACUCGCAGCUGCUGUUCCGCAGCCGGCUCUAUGGGGACCUGGAGGCCAUCCUGUACCAUGUGCACCUCUUCCAGCCCACGGAGCUGCUGCUGCAGCAGGCGGUGCUUUUCCUGCGAGACACUGAGUGGAGGCGGGUCUUCCAGGCACUGACCAGGAUCCACGACAUCUGCUAUAACAGCACCACCCUCUGGGACGUGAUGGUGAGGAACCUGCUGCCCUCCUCUGCUAUGAUCAAAGACUUGAGCCAAGAGUUUGGGAUGCCCCUUUCGCAAGAAGAACUCACAGAUGAGAAACUGUUCGCCCUACCACCUCAGCCCGCCCCCAAUCUUGAGGACUACCACGGUCGGGACUCCAGCCUCACCUUAGAGAUCCACGCCCACCAGGAGAAGUACCUGCAGUGGCGGAGCGCCAUGCUACUGAAGAACAAAGACAAAAAGCACAGUUUCAUCCAGAAAAACAUCACAGAAGCCUACCAGGUCAGCAAGAAGCCUCCAAAGUCCGUGGCGAAGGUGAUUAAAAUUUCAGCCCCUGCCAACAAGGCCGUCUACAACUAUAGUAUCCAGACCAUGAAUUCUACAGAGCUUGCCAAGAAGCAGCUGUAUCAAGAGAUGGCCAAGGAGCCAAGAAAGAGAUUCACGUACUCACAGGAUUACCUCUCAGCCAUGGUGGAGCCCCUGGACUUGAAGGAAGAGGAGAAGAAAGCCCAGAAGAAAUCCCGCCAAGCCUGGCUCACAGCCAGGGGAUUCCAAGUGACAGGUCUUCAGAGCGACACUGAAGGCAGCUUUCAGGAUCUCAAGCUGCCACCCAUCAAAGAGCUGAAUGAGGAGUGGAAGGAAAACUCCCUGUUUGCUAACGUACUGGAGCCUGUGUUGGAUCGAGACCGGUGGAGCUGGGACAGGCACCACGUGGACUUUGAUCUGUACAAGAAGCCACCACCUUUCCUCAAGCUGCCCCCUUCGCCUGCACCAACUCCUGUAACAGGUAACAGGCAAGGCUUUGCCAAGCUGGGCCUCCUGAUUUCGUGGGCAGGCAGGAGCUCUGUGCCACUCUGCAUCUUCAGUGGUAUCCAUUUUGUUUAUGCUAUCAACCAAACUUUCUAUGCUAAAAAAAUCAAGAUGCAGAACGGGUCUGAUAGAAGAGAUUGAAUGUUGGGCUGGAACUCAGACCAGGAUUCUAGUCCUAAGUGUGGCAUUUGUGUGACUUCAGGCAAAUCCCUUCAUGCCCUGGGCCUGGUUUCUUGGCUAUAAAGUGGGAAAGUUGGAAGACAGGUCUAAAGGCUUCCUGAGCUUCAACACUAUUACCCAUGACUGAUCUCUAGGUGUCCAGCCAAGAGCUGAGGGCAGAGGCUCUGGGCUUUACUGGGAUCUUCCAGCUGCAAAGAUACUGACAGUUCUUCCUGUGGGGGAAAGGCGGAGACAGGAAACGUAGGUCUUCCUACACCAGUCCCUCCAAGUCCUCUUCCUCUUUAUCCCUGCUUAUGAAAAUUGAUCUCAGGAUCAUCUAGAGGUUAACAUAGAAUCCAAACUUGUCAGUUAACAGAGCCAGAACCUUUGUUCAGGGAGAACGAGACAUGAACCUAUCUAACAACAAGGUCUGCCAGAGAAACCUCUCCCAGAAAACUAGGUCAGGUGAAAAUGACGGCUUGCUUUCCUUCUCGACUCUUAAGGACAGCUGAUCACAGCUCCAUGGAAGUGCUAACAAGUUUGCCAAAAUGUCACUUUCUCCAUUUGCCUAGACUUCGCUCCCUCCCUCCCCAGUAGGCCCUAGAUCUCCCAGGCUGCCUGAAGAGACCUGGUCUCUGUGGGCAUGUCUCAGGCCCACAGUUACUGCUGUGGCUCUCAAGGAGGCUCCAGCUAGGAGAGCUGUCUAGCCUAAGAACACAAGGCUUUUCCUUGGUAAGAAUGCUUCCUAGUGAGCUCCACUGCCAGCCUUCCUAGCAAAAGUCUCCUGGGGGUUUCACUGGUGAAAUCAUUUAAGAAACACAUGCUGGGGUCUCCUCUUCCCACAACAUGCUUAAGAAAAGUUAGCAACUACAGAUGAGAGGGACAGGCUUGAACUGGUCGCUAGGCCUUUUCAACCCAGAUGGAUGAAUGGAGAAUUUGCUGCUGACCAAGGCCUUACACACCACCAGCCUAGAGUGAAGCACCCUUCCAGAGGUCUGCCUGGAAGUGGGGUGGGUCUGACAGCCCCUCCCCAAACUUCCCCUGUGCAAAGAAAGUCCAAGCAGCCUUUUGUCCAGAGGUAUGCAUGCUUCAUUUUGUGCAAAAUGCUUCCUUGCUAUCAUUAACAAAACAGAACUUUAGGUUUCACUGAGAGGUUAUUUACAUGGUCACAAUAUUUAGAAACUUUCCCGUUUUAAAAACUAGUUACCAAACCCCUGGCACAAUGCUCAGGCCAGCCCCGCUCAGCCAGCUCAGCUCUCCAAGUUCCCAAUCUCCUCCUUGCCUAUUUCCAGCAUCACAGUAAAUUGGGAAUAUACUUGGAGGAAAAAGAGCUGGCCGCUUUCUCUGUGCUCAAGGGAAUGUCCACCAUAGGCAUUUUAGAGCUCCAGACCACCCAAGGACCAUACCAAAGCUUAAAGUCCACCACAGUGAGCAUGCUGGGACCCAGUGUAUCUUGCAAGCGCCAGUAAAAGGGAGGCUGGAGAAAUGCAAAGACCUGCUGGGACAGCCUGGAGAUACCAUUCAUCCUCUCCUCAAGAGUAGAGGCCAGUUUUGUAAAGAAAUUAAAGUCCCUAGGUGGGUACCUCAGCUGAGGCAGCCUCCCUAUCUCCUGAGGAGGAUAAAAACUAAGGGCUCAUAACCCCAAGGCAUUGUGGACUGCACUGUGUCUGCUCCUUAGCGUUCUGGGCCCUCCUUGCAGAGUGAG